CGAAAUGAUCCGGAAAUCCGAGGCGCGCGCGGGCGGAUCGGGUGAUCGGCCAGCUUCCGGGAGCGCUUAAAAGAGCGGCGUCGGGAAGUGCAGCCCCUUCUGGUGUCCCCCUGAGCCAUUCCCGGUGCGAAGUUCCGAGCCGGCGGAAUGAAGGGAGGCGCCUCAAGUAAGAGCGGCCGCCCGCCGAGGCCGGGGCGCUUCUCUCCUCGGGGCUCAGCCCUGCCCGUUGCGGGGGCGGGAAGGUUCGGUUGCCGUCCGCCAGGGGGUGGGGCCGCGCACCCGGACGCCGGGAGGAGGCGGCGCCGGAGCCGCCUUCCAACGAGGCGCCUCAGGGCCCGGCUCGAGAGCGAGAGGCCCUUCGCGCCCCGGCCCCGUGAAGGGCUGGGCUCUCUCGGGAGCUCGGCGCCGCCGCACUCGGUGCAGAAUCGCCCGGGAUCCCUGUUCAAGUUCUGUUCGUCACGAUGUUGGGACUGGGCGCCUCCGCUCAGUGAGCAAAAGCAUCGAGAGACCUGUUUCCAGAUACCGUCCCUGGCAGCUCAUUGAGCCCUAGCUGCUUUAAAGCAGAUGCCGAAACAACCGCAGGCAAUUUUAGACUGAGGCUGCAUUGCUAUAGAGUACAUUGCUUGGUCUAGGUCUCAUUGAACUCUAGGGGUCUCACUUCUGAGUAGCCUCACGAAGAAUUGCACUGCCUUGCUUUGAUCUAUCCAAUGGUCAGCUUUCCCCUUCCAUCAGCCUCGGUGGUCUUUAGGGCCUCUUCAUGCACUGUAGAAAUCAAACGUACCUUUUUAAAGAUGGUGUAUGCACGGCAGUCAAACCCAACCCAUCACAAACUUCCCGAUGGCGGUGUACAACUUGUAUACGUCUUUCAAAAUGCACAUUUGUCAUUCUUCAUAUAUUGCAGUUGUAAUGCGCUCACCCUGUAGGCAGAGCACAAAAAGCUUCAGAGCUUUUUAGUGUUCUGGUGAUAUCUACAGUAUUUUGGGGAUAGUUUUAAAAACAACAUAAACUUCCUGCAGUUCAUGGGAACAAGGAACCCUUAUUAAGAGUACUUCUCUUCAGGUUAACCAAGUUCCAUUGACCCAUACUGGGGUGUAUUCCUAGUUGUUCCUCAUACUCUACGAAGUCUUGUAAUCUGUGAUUACCCACCAUUUAAGGAUUGGUCUAACUUUUGAGUUCUUGUAAAUAUGGUGCACUAUGUCACAUACUACAGAAAUGACUUGAUCCUGUACACGAGGUACACUGGUACACGAGGAAGUAACUUUUGGAGCACACAAUCUUUUGGCUGGUAUUUCUACAUGAUAGGACAUGUGUUCCUUACCUGUAGCAUUUCUUUUUCCUUUCCUUUCUUUAGAUUUGUUUGCUUUAGUUGAGAUACAGUACAGCACAAGUCUGUGAUAAAAGAAUCUCCAAUGUCUGUUGUAUUUCAGAUUACUGGAGGUCAGAUCUAAGCGGCAACAUGGACUCACUGGAGGAGACUGGAGGUUCCUCAACAGAGGAAACUGGAAAUUCCUUAACUGAGAACUAUUUUGUAAAUUACACUUUCACUGACCGUUCUCAUUCAGGCCGUGUGGCCCAAGGAAUUAUGAAGUUGUGCUUAGAGGAUGAGCUCUUUGCAGAUGUCACCAUCUCUGUAGAAGGCAAAGAAUUCCAACUGCACCGGCUAGUUCUCUCAGCUCAGAGCUGCUUCUUUCGUUCUAUGUUCACUUCCAAUCUGAAGGAGGCACAUAACCGGGUGAUUGAGUUACAAGAUGUUAGUGAGAGUGUCUUUCAGCUCCUUGUGGACUACAUUUAUUAUGGAACGGUAAAGUUGAGGGCAGAAGAUUUGCAGGAGACUUACGAAGUAGCAGAUAUGUACCAACUAACUGCCCUCUUUGAGGAAUGCUCCCGUUUCUUGGCUCGAACAGUGCAAGUGAAAAACUGUUUGCAAAUUAUGUGGUUGGCUGAUCAGCACAGUGAUGUGGAGCUCUAUACGGCUGCCAAGCACUGUGCCAAGUCAUACUUAUCACAACUUCAAGAAACUGAGGAGUUUCUGCACCUUCCUCUCCGUCUCCUGACAGAUAUUGUCUCAGGUAGGUAGAAUGGUUACUGAGACCUGUGGUUACUAAGGCCUUUCUGAGAGAUAUGGAUUAGUACCAUGGCAUUUCAGUUUCAGACCUAGUUUUGAAUCAGAUGCCUUUGAUUGCCCUGGUACAUGGCUCUAAAGUGGAAAGGAGGAGCACCUUCCUGUUGGAUCUGCUGCGCCUCUCAGAGGCUUUUGGUACAAUAACUUGUGGUAUUCCAGGUUAUUUAGUGAAGAUGAGGCUUGGAAGCACUUUUUAAACAGAUUCUAGUCUUUCCUGGAGUAACAGUUCUUUAAGGUACUGGGGGCCUCCUUCUCAUCUCUUUUGCUUAUGAAGUUCCACUGGGCUCUGUUCUGUCCCCCCCCCCUUCCCCAAUUGUAAUUUAUUUUACGCAUUUCUAUACCCAUGUUGUUUAGUAUCUACAUGAAACCACUAGGAGUGGUGAUGCGGAGAUUUGGAGGUCUAUGCAAUCAGUGUGCAGAUUACAUCCUACUCAUUCGUCACAUUCCAGGGAAACUAGCAGUUUUAAUAGAAAUAGAAAUCAUGGAUAGAAAUGGGCUGGAUGGCAGCUAGUAAAUUGAAGCUUCAACUAAAUACAGUGGUACCUUGGGUUAAGUACUUAAUUCGUUCCGGAGGUCUGUACUUAACCUGAAACUGUUCUUAACCUGAAGCACCACUUUAGCUAAUGGGGCCUCCUGCUGCCGCCACACCGCCAGAGCACGAUUUCUGUUCUCAUCCUGAAGCAAAGUUCUUAACCCAAGGUACUGUUUCUGGGUUAGCGGAGUCUGUAACCUGAAGCAUAUGUAACUUGAGGUACCACUGUAAUAGCCAGCAGUAUAUCCAACCUAGAACUAGGGGGCGGUAUCCACCAAAGUAGAACCACUAGUUAUCAUCUUAAAACCCUAUAUGGUUUGGGAACAGGAUAAAUUUCUCCUGUAUUAGCUUACCCAUGCAUUCAAAUGCUCUGCAGAGACCUUUUGUUGGUUCUACAUUCAUUUGGUUGGAAUGAAGGGGAAGGUUUUUUGUUGGAACUCCCUGCCUAAGGAUGUUGAUAUUGUCCUCUCCUUGACCACCUGCUGCAGUGCAAAGCUCUUUCCAUUUAAAAGGGCUUUUGGCUUUUAGUAGCUGGACUAUACUACUGGUAUGUAAUCUUUCUGUCUCAUAUAUAUUUUAUUGCUGUUUAAUUGCUUUAUUGCUUUUUGUUGGGCCUUGUUGUAGUUUAUGGGUUAUCUGCCUAUGGGUGUUAGCAGAGCUCUAGACAUUGACUUCUGUUCGUUCAAGCAGGGCAAACCCAUAAUCACCAAUGCCAAGCAAGCAUCUUGCUGUGAAGCCACUAGGCCUAGAAUGCAAGAUUGCUUGCUAUGUCUUGCCUAUCAUAUUUACACCUUCAGAAACCCCACAGCAGCGAGGUUAUGAAAGCUGUUUAUAACCCACAGCUCUAAUUACCCCAUCCCCUCAAUCUCUGGAUUAAGACCUAGCAGCUCUGCUUGGUGGUUGUGUGCUUUUCUGCUGUGGGGAACAUGAAACGGACCCUUAGAGCUCUGCUCUGUUAUCCUCUCUUGAGGGAGCUCUUUUUUUAGUCCGCUAUCUCUAGGAAUAGCAGAAAUCCAUUUUGCUUGCUGUUGAAAGAACCACCUACAUCUUGAUUCAUGUUACCUAGGAGUAUGUUUUGAUAAGCUGUAAAAUGUAGUUCAAAGUGUUUUGUUUUCUAGCUGCUUAAGAGGUUUUGUUACAGUCAAGCAAUAUAUUACAUUUUGUCAAAAUAAAAUAGCUCCUUCUGGAGACAGAUUUUACAGUAGCCAUAUGUUCUUCAGUAAUGCUAUAAAGUAUACUGUUAAAUCUCAAAUUCUUAAGUUUAAUGUGUUUCACAUUUGAGUUUAACAUAGUUCAACCCUGAUAACCACAAAUACCGUUUUUGCUACUAAUGUUAUAAAAAUAUUUCACUUCAUGCAUCUAAUACACAGCUCUUACGUAGUAAGGGUGUACCUCUUUUCUUCUGCUCUUUAUUUUUACUAUUGCAGAAUUGUUCUAUAGGAAGCAUUUGUGGACAGAAUGCAGUGAACUGUUCUGUCAGCGCAAGAAUUUCUGCUUGUGCAACAGAAUUCUCCUCUCCCCCAUGAGCACCCUGCACCCUCCCUAAAUCAGCUGCAGAGGGCUAGAGAAAAACCCAGAACAGAUUUAGGGGGCACACAGUGGAAGUUCCAUUGCACAAGUGGAAUUCUUCGCACUGACAAAACAAGUUACUCGCAUCCUCCCCUAUAUGUUUAGCCAGGCCUGUGAAAACAUGUCAGGGGGAGCCAACAUCACCUAAUACAUUUGGCUGAGGGAGGGUGAAUUGUAUGCAGCUCUGGGUGGUCAUGCAAGAAGACAAAUCAUAUGACAGUAUAUCUUUGUGAGGAAUUGAAUAACUGCAGCUCUGGUAGAAUUAGCAUUGAAAGGGAAAUUCCCUGAUCCACCAAUAGUUAGGAUAAAUGUCCGGUUUCGUAUGGCAACCACUUCUGGCUGUCUUCAUCAUCUAACCCUCCUAUCUGGUUUUCUGCUAUCAAUGUAGUUACAGAACUUCUUGCUGUUGGUCUUUGUUUUUAGCAAUGUGCUCCUCAAAUUCUUUUUUUUUUUUUUUUUUUUUUUUUGCAUCACUUUUCGUCCACUUGCAUUUCUUUUGCCGAAGUUUGUGUUCCCUUUUUGUUCUCCUAAUUUGAACAAGGCUUCUAUUUUCUAACACUUGCGUGUUAACCAAAUGGGCAUCCUCUUGGCUCUGGUGGGACCUUUCUUAAUCUGAGCAUCUAAUAUUGUGAUUUUUAAACAACACCCAAGGAGUAGCAUCCUCCUUUCCAUGACAGCAAAGGAGCCGUCAUCCUUGGAGCGUGACAAGAGCUAUCACGCUUCCUGAAGGCCUUGUCCACCAAACUCUCUUCCUUUCUCAGCCUCUCUUGGUAAGCCACUUUGGCCUCAAGGGAAUGAAUCUGUUCCCUGAGAGCUGGGAGCUCAUUGCAUCAAGGACAAACCCAAUUUUUUACACCACAUACAGGGGUCAGCAAACUUUUUCAGCAGGGGGCCGGUCCACUGUCCCUCAGACCUUGUGGGGGGCCAGACUAUAUAUUUUUUUGGGGGGGGGAGUAAUGAACAAAUUCCUAUGCCCCACAAAUAACCCAGAGAUGCAUUUUAAAUAAAAGGACACAUUCUACUCAUGUAAAAACAUGCUGAUUCCCAGACCAUUCGCGGGCCGGAUUUAGAAGGCGAUUGGGCAGGAUUUGGCCCCCGGGCCUUAGUUUGCCUACCCAUGACAUAGAUGGUGCACGUGACAAAUUGUGUAAUACACUGGAAAGCACACCCUCCCCACACCUCUGCUGGCAUUCUACCUGCAUAUCUACUUUUGCAGUUUGUUUGGGUUUACUUUAUUCGGAAUUUGUUACUUCUGAGGGUGGAGGAACAGUGUGCUGAAGAACCUAAAAGGGAUUGGACAUUACAUCCUGAAUAAUUACGUACUAGAUUGAAAUUGAUUUAGAGACUGAAGACCUCUUGACACACAACUCAAAUAUUCUAUGCAGCUAUGUACUCCAGGUAGUUUUUAAUACUCAGUUACAAGGGUCAUAAUUAGUUAUGAUUUGUAACAUGUUAUAUUACAAAGUUUAUUAAAAAUUUGAAUUGAGACAAUACAUUGCUUAGUCUUAAAUAUUUAUUUAUUCAAUUUAUAUCCCAUCCUUCCUCCCAAAAAAGCCCAGGAUGGCACAUGAUGUAUGUAGUUUCCCUUUAAGCAACAGCUAAUGCCAGAACUCAGAGCUAGAGGAAACUCAGAAAAAAGCAAGCUUAAUGGCCAGCAUUAAUACUGAAUAAAGUUUAAGAUUUAUCUGUUGUUUGGCCUACUGACCCACUUUUUCAAUUGAAAUCCCUAUUAACUUCUGCUGGUUUCUACAGCCACUGAUCUUAUUACUAGUAAUGGGAUUAACCAAGAACCAGCUUUCCCACAGAAGCAAAGGCCUGCUAUCCUGAAGAGCUAGAAGCAGAGUACUUAAUUGAAUCAGGCAAUGGAACUGUAUUUGACUGGACUUACAUGAUUGUACUGAAAGCACUGAAUAUUUAAAAUUAUUUCCAGUAUGCUUGAGCAAUGCAGUAACUUAAAACAUGUCAGGAUUUGUAACGUGGUUAAAAGUUUCUUUGUACGCAAUACCGUCACCAAGAAAUAUACUAAAUGUUAUGGAGAACAGCUUUUCUAAAAUGACAACAAAAUUCAUGUCUGUUGCAGCAUCACUUCUUAAAUGUCAUUCUUUGUGAGUCAUAUGACAAGAAAAUAUUUUUUAAAAAUCCAAAAUUAAGCAGGACAAAAUGAAGGCCUAGCUGUUUAACUGUGGCAAGCAGAGAAUGUAGUCUGGUCCUGUUAAUAAUGUUGAGGCUAUGGUUACCAGAUAACAAAUUCAUUAAGUCGAUAGCCUUCGGCAGGAAAUAUUUUUGCUGCUUCUGUAGAAUAGGAAUGCUAACAUGCAAGGGCUCCUGCUCUUGUUUAUACCAGCUAAACCUGGUAUGUGUUAGGGGGAAAGGGAAUACUGUACUUGCUAUGCCCAUGCCAUGAAAAUUUUAUACUUUAAACAUGUUUUUUUUUAUCUGCAACCAUACAGAUGGGGUUCCAUGUUCACAGAAUCCAGCAGCUGCCAUAGAAACCUGGAUUGGCUUCAAUAAAGAAGAGCGUGCAGGUUUCUCAGACAUACUGCGAUCAAGUUUAAAGGUAAAUGACAAAGCAGUCUAUUCAGUGUUUCAGCCUGCCUCCCUUAACUGUUAUCAGUGUAGAAAGGUUUCCAUAGUUAGAAACGUGGGCUGCCCUAGAGUGGUGUAAGCAGUGGCAAUCAGUCUGAUGUGAUAAUAGAAUUGUAAGUUCAUUUUCAACAGGGGGUGGAGGAGGAUCCACUGAUGGGUUGCUUCUCCUACUCGAUCCACUAGGCAGAAUCAGCCCUGCCCUUUCAGUUCCAGAAGGUACAACAGCUAGCUGUAACAAAAAACAAAAAAAAGCAUGGCAAACCCAAAAAGGAAAACAAAAUACCCCAUGAAACAGAAGAUUACUGUACAACUGUACUAUCUUAACCUCAUUUCACCCAACCAUGGAUACACUACUAUGGUGGUUCAGAAAAUGAACUUAUCACUGUAAGUCCAGUGUUCUGUUUUUCUGCAGUGGAGGAUGGGAUCUGUGGUUGGGAUAUAAAACAGCAGUAGCCAGGAGGCCACUGCAGGGACCUCCUACCUUGGCACCACUUGCCAAAGCACCUUCCUGCCAAAAGACAACACAGCAGAAUCAAACGUAUUCCUCCUGUAGCGCUUCACUAAUGUGAAAACAGGUGGUCAUUGCUGCCCUGAAGAUGUCAACUCAAGGGGCAUUAGUGCUAAAGGCAGCAGUCAAAGCACUCCUGCUAGCGUGAUCCAGAAGCUACUUAGCAAUGCAUGUCCAUAUCCAUCAAAACAGAGUAGUUGAGGAGACAUUUUUUUCUUGCAAAGUACUUGGCUAAAACAGAAUCAGACUGUCUCAACUCCUUUGCUCAUCACAGGUAAAUUCACACCAGCCUAUGAACAUCUAGUGACGCUCCUUUUCCUUAGGACCUAGCCAAAAAUGAUGGUGAUUAACUUCCUGAGCCCUGUGAAAAAUAGAAUUCCUUUUAGGAAGGAAUGUAGGGUGAAGGCCAUUGAAUCUUGAGUGGAAGAUACAGAGCGCUUUCCAAGAUGACAGGGCUCUCUGCUCUGAAAUCCUUACAGCAGAGGCAAUUAACUACCAAGAAAACCACCUUAUGGCUCAGACACUUUUAAGGUUAUGGUUAUAAAACUUGAAAUGUGAUUUUGCGAGGACAUUGUUAAGGUCCCAGGUAGAAAAACUAUAUACCGGGGAAGUUUCAAGUAACUCCUUAUAAUACAAGGAUGUGAGGAUAUGCAACCCUUGCAUCCCUGAGACAGAAGAGAGAGCUGCCACUCACCUUUUUGGAGUAUUAGGUGUCAAGCCCCAAACCAGACCAUCCUGAAGCAAAGUGAACACCCACUUUGAUGUUUGCAUGCAGUGUGUCCUCAUCUUUUCCUGCACCACCUCACAGAUUUUCUCAUAGGUGCAAUGUGCAUGAGUUUUAUAUUAGUUUAGAAAGGUAAUGACUGCUCUGUAGUCAGAGUCUUUAUGUUCUCGACCCCUCCUCUUUCAGUUGUUAAACAGGAAUGUACAAGGUCUGGGUGGAGAAAGUGUCCCUGGGAUCUCUCUUCUCUCUACCAAAAGGAUCCCAGUCCCAUCAGAUUGGAAAACCAAGCCAUGCUGGCCCAGAAGGGAGACACAAACAACAAUUUCACCCCCUCUGCACACACCCUUCAAAUAACCCUUUAAGAUCAUGGUUGUGGGUGGAAAUGUUUAUAACCUGCUCACCUUGGAAGUUGGCUAAGGACACAGAUUACCUAUAUAUGGAUUCCCUUCUCAGCUGCUGCAAAAUACUCAAUUGAAAAUGCUAGUUUAAACUUGCUAGCUACAUAAUUCAGUAACUGAACCUGCGUUUCUUAACUGUUUAUCUAGUUUUCAUCUUGCUCGUAAUGUAGGAAGUUGUCUGUAAUGAUUGACAGCAAGUCUCCAAAAUUUCAGACAAAAGUCUUUUCCAGCUCUACUUGGGGAUGUUAUGGAUUGAACCAGAGGCUUUCUGCAUGCCAGGCAUUGACCUGGAAAGCUAUAUACAUUAUGGUUAUAAAAUGAAAUAAAAAAAAAUUAAAGAGUCACAAAAGACUUCAGUCCCAGCAUGUCGGCUAUCAGUGGCCUAAUAUAUUGUGGUAAUUGUGGAAUAGCUUACUAGUAAUUUGAGCUGUGAAACCCCAAGCUAAUUUGCUGUAGGUAUUUCUUUGCACUUAUCAUUGGCCUCCUCUUGACUGAAUUUCUGCAUGCAUACCUAUGCACAACUUUAAUGAAAUUUUGUUUUAUUGUUUAGGAAAUUGGAGAGAACGUUCAUAUCUACCUGAUUGGAAAGGAGUCAUCCCGUACACAUUCUCUUGCUGUCUCACUGCAUUGUGCAGAUGAUGACUCCAUCAGUGUUAGUGGUCAGAACAGUUUGUGUCACCAAAUCACUGCAGCUUGCAAGCAUGGUAGUGACCUCUAUGUUGUUGGAGGAUCCAUACCACGGCGCAUGUGGAAAUGCAACAACACCACGAUAGACUGGGAAUGGUGUGCCCCGCUGCCCCGCGACAGGCUACAACACACUCUGGUUUCUGUGCCCAGCAAGGAUGCGAUCUAUUCACUGGGGGGCAAGACACUGCAGGACAUCCUCUCAAAUGCCAUCAUAUACUACAGAGUAAGAGACAAUGUAUGGACAGAGACUAGCCAGUUGGAAGUUGCAGUGUCUGGGGCUACAGGUGUAAAUCUCAAUGGUGUCAUUUAUUUGUUAGGCGGGGAGGAGAAUGACCUGGAUUUCUUUACCAAGCCCUCUCGGCUUAUCCAGUGUUACGAUACCAAUACAGAGAAGUGUCAUGUAAAGCCUUACGUGUUACCCUUUGCAGGCCGCAUGCAUGCUGCUGUGCACAAGGACCUGGUGUUCAUUGUAGCAGAGGGGGAUUCGCUGCUGUGCUAUAACCCUCUGUUGGAUAGCUUCACGCGGCUCUGCUUGCCAGAUGCCUGGAGCUCAGUACCAUCUCUUUGGAAAAUUGCUAGUUGUAAUGGCAACAUCUACAUCUUCCGGGAUCGUUACAAAAAGGGAGAUGCCAACACCUUCAAACUCAAUCCAGCCACUUCUGUGGUGACUGUCACCAGUGGCCUCAAGGUGCUACUCACAAAUUUGCAAUUUGUGUUGGCAUGAAGGAAGAAAGGUGCAGUGCCAGAACAACGAAGACAUUCCUUUAAACAGCUCAGAGAUGUAUAGACCCCAUAGCUCCAGCUCCUUGAAAAAGAUCACAAUACUUUAGAGAGUUCCCUGCCCCACCUUCCAACUCCUGCUCACAAGCAGCAGCAAUGUAGCCACACAUAGGUGGCAUCCGCAUUCUGUCUGGAUUACUGCUGUCACUGUGGUCCCCUGCUGGUCAGCUUCUUGUGUCUCAGAAACCCACAGCUAAGAGGCUUCUUGGGCCUAAACCCUUUACCAACAAGCCCUAUGCAAAAUAGAUGAAGUAUUUGUACUGUCUUACGUUGCAGGCUAUCUACUGCAGUAAUCUGUCAAGGUACAAAACAUCCCUUAGAGCUGCAGCUAGCAGAUAAAAGUGAAGGCUCCCUCCUUUAUCAGGGCUACAAAGGACAAAUCUAGCAAGAGGUACUGAAAGUAACAUUAGCAAUGCAUUGGAUAUGAUCAAACUAGGAAUAAAGGAGGCAGCUAUCCCCGACUGUGUUAUUACUUGGUAAACAGAAAGCUUGGACCCUUGCCCUCAUAUUUAGAGUGCUCAUUCAGUGACAUAUGGGGCUGGGCGGGGGGAGAACAUGUUAAAAGAGGAGAAUCAUGUCAAACCUAUUUGUUGAUGCUGUAAGAUCCUUGGGGUGCAAGUCUCAAUAAAGGCCUUCCGGAACAACAC